CUCCCUCUCCUGUAUCUCCUCCCUUCACAUUCCUCACAUGCGGAGAAGCAACAGGCGGGUCGUCGUCGUCGUCAGUAGCUAACAGCUAACAGCAGCUCUGUCGCUCGCUGCCAUGCAAAAGUUUCCAAACACGGACCGUCGUCUCGACUAGACGCCGGAAGCGACGCGCGGCGAACCCCCCGCACGACCGUGGACACCAUGGCCCCCGACUGGUGUUCGUAAACAAUAUCUUAUUCGCCGCUUGUGUUUUUUUAUUCGGGCUUUUUUCACAAAUGUGCGAAAAGUCGCUCGGUCGUUGAACAACAAGAUGGCAGCGACGACGACGACGACGACAGCAUCAUCGGUGCAGGACUUGUCCGCGACGCGGCUCCUCGUUGCUCGUCUGUUCCUCGACGCCCUGUGUGACACGUUCCACUGGUCUGACUGAAGGUAUGGCCUCACAAGUCUUGGUUCACCCACCACACCUGCACUCAGCUCAAACAAGUGCCUUAGGAACCAGCAGAAGUGCGACCAGCAGACGCGCAGGCAACGCCCACCGCAGUAAUAAUAACACCAGCAAAGCCUUUCAGCGCCGACCCCCACCCAAGACCUACGUGAUCGGCGUCAACUACGGAAUUGCCUAUCCCAACAACGUGAUCCCGUCCUCAUCCGGCGCUGACUCAGCGAGGCGGCACGGGGCAGUUGAGCCCGAAGAAAGGGAGGACCUACAGAGAGCGGAGAGUUCUGAGCGACAAAGAGAAGCUGCAGCAGGGAAUCAGAUUUGCGUGUCUCUCUGCCACGGUGGAGGCCCGCAAGAAGUGAGGCCUCGGGCGAACAGUGGUGGAACUCCAUCAUUGGGGGCAAGUUUGGACUGCGGGCUACUGAGGAGGGGCGAGGAAGAGGAGCGCAUUAACAGAGGGGGGUACGUUAAUCCAGACGCAGGCACCACUCAGAGAUGUGAACAACACACGGCAGGUGAAAGUGGAGAACAGCCGCAGGAGAACGACUGCGUCGGAGCCAUGCAGAUAGUGGAGGAGGCAUCUGCUCUACCUUCACUUCCUCCCUCUGCGGCCAUGUUGCACACCAGCUCUGGGAAUAACGCAGACACUGUUAGAGUAGUGGGCAGAGGAACGCUGGCCGCCCAAAAAAGUAUGGUCAGCGGAGCGACGGACACGGGGAAUGGGGCGGACGCGGCCAAAAUCAGGCCUAAUGGUAGCACUGAGGCGGCAGCGGUGGCAGGGGCUGCGGUGACCAGAGCUGGAUCAGGGGACGGAGACUACCAGUUAGUCCAGCACGAGGUGCUGUGCUCCCUGAAGAACAGCUACGAGGUGCUGGAGUUCCUCGGACGCGGCACCUUCGGCCAGGUGGUGAAGUGCUGGAAGAGGGGUACGAACGAAGUGGUGGCGGUGAAAAUACUGAAGAACCAUCCGUCCUAUGCACGUCAGGGACAGAUUGAGGUGGAGAUCCUGGCCCGGCUGAGCAACGAGAACGCGGACGAUCACAACGUGGUGCGCGCCCUGGAGUGCUUCCAGCACCGCAGCCACACCUGCCUGGUGUUUGAGAUGCUGGAGCAAAACCUCUACGACUUCCUGAAACAGAACAAGUUCAGCCCGCUGCCGCUGAAGAUCAUCAGGCCCGUUCUGCAGCAGGUGGCAACAGCCUUAAAGAAGCUGAAGUCUCUGGGCCUGAUCCACGCCGACCUGAAGCCGGAGAACAUCAUGCUGGUCGACCCCACCAGACAACCGUACAGAGUCAAGGUCAUCGACUUCGGCUCGGCCAGCCACGUCUCCAAGGCCGUGUGCUCCACGUACCUGCAGUCCAGAUACUACAGGGCUCCAGAGAUUAUUUUGGGCCUGCCGUUUUGCGAGGCCAUCGACAUGUGGUCACUGGGCUGCGUGAUAGCCGAGCUCUUCUUGGGCUGGCCUCUCUACCCAGGAGCGCUGGAGUACGACCAGAUCCGGUACAUCUCUCAGACUCAGGGCACUCCCGCCGAGCAGCUGCUCAACAAGGGGACCAAGACGUCUCGUUUCUUCUCCAAAGAGUCCAACUCUCCCUACGCCUGCUGGAGACUCAAAACGACAGAAGAGCACGAGAAAGAGACGGGGCUGAAAUCCAAAGAGGCCAGAAAGUACAUCUUCAGCUGUCUGGAUGACGUCGCACACGUGAGCCUGGUGCUGAGUCCCGACCACAGCGACGUGCAGGCGGAGAAGGCCGACCGGAGGGAGUUCGUGUCCCUGCUGAAGAGCAUGCUGCUGAUCGACGCAGAGGACCGGACCGUUCCCUCCAGCGUCCUCAGCCACCCCUUCCUCACCAUGACUCAUCUGCUCGACUACCCACAUAGCAACCAUGUGCAGUCGUCUUUCCGCAUCAUGGACAUGUGCCACGGCGGACCCACCAACGCCGUUUUCGACGCGCUCAACCAGAACACCAUUCAUUUCUCCAGAGCUCCCGUGGCCCCCCCGGCCUCCUCGGGCCUCCCGCUGGGCUUUGGCAGCAUACCGGUCCACACUCAGGCGAUCACCCAGUCCGCUCCCUCUGUGCUGCAUCCGGGUUUAGCUUUGACGACGGGGAACGGUCAGUUUGGGUGCAACGACUCGUUCCCUCCCGCCCUCCUGCUUUGUCCUCCCGCCAUGCAAGGUAAUCUCAAUCAACCAGCAGGAUAUACUGUUCCCAUGGUAACUCAAGCCACUCCCAUACAGCCGCUACCAGUGAGGCCUGGUGUCAUCGCUCAGCAGGCCUGGUCCAGUCGGGGGCAGCAGCUCCUCGUCCCAGCAGCCUGGCAGCAGAUGACGCCGGUGGCUCCACCUCCCUCUCACCCGCCUCCACCUCCCCCAUCCGCCUUAACCAACGACGCCGCAGCCGGUCCACCAAGGCUCAGCAACUGGGGGAAAGUACGUCCCCACAGCAACCACUACAGCUCAGUGAUCCAACAGCCUCUCCUGACCAAUCAGAUGACAGCCAUCUCUGCCCACCAGCCAAUCAACAUCGGCAUCGCUCACGUGGUGUGGCCACAGCCGGCCAGCAAGAGGAACAGACACAGUCACAACAGGAACCUGUCCCACUCCAGCAACGUCCACAUAUUGGCGUGUCGGACCCCCAAGAUGGCCGACGUCGUCGGGCAGGUGGUGCCGGGACGGGAGCAGCCAAAGAAGCGGGAGGAUGCGCCUCUGGUGGAGACCAGGCGAGUGGAAGUUCAAAACACGGACGAGGAGGAAGACGACGCCGAAGAAGAGGAAGUGAGCUGCUUCAGAGAGGCGGCGCCAAACGGCAACAGGCGGCUGGAGCUGUCUGCUCGGCAACAGCGAGACGUGGCCGUCCUGAUGGGCGACACGCCGAGUCCCGCCCCCAGCGUGGUCAGCAUUCACAGUGAACAACUGACCGACGGAGAGGACGAGGACGAAGACCCCCGGAGGUGUCGUUUGAGCGGGUGUAAAGAGGAGUGUUUGUGCGAGGCGUGCAGAAACACCAGCGUGUCCAUGGAGCGCGUGUGUUCCCUCAGCAGCCCCGACAGCAGCCUCAGCACCAACUCCUUCGCCUCCAACUCUCUCCACUCCAGCCCCUCCGUCUCACCCUGCAAGAGACCCAACAGCAUGUCCGAGGACGACGGCCACGAGAGCGGCUGCGAGACGGUGGAGGGUUCCCCUGCGUCCGACACGUCCACCUCCCCGCGUGGCCACAACAGCCACUACCGCUACCUUGACAACGGCAACCACAACAACCGCCCGCCCCUGGCGUCCAUGGUGGCGCCGCUGCCGACCCCUGCAGUGCAGGGCCGGACUCCCCACGGCGUCAGGACAAUGGUGGUCCCGCCGAUGAGAGUGCAGAACAACAGCAACAGCCAGGCGACGGAGGAGCGCGUCCAGAGGACGGUCUCAGAGUUCUGGUCCCGGUCCAAAGGGCGCUGCAGCCUCGUAGGACAACAGAGCAGCCCCUCCUGUGCCCCGCUCCUGCCACCCGGCCCCCUCCUGCCCCGGCAUCAGAAGGCCACAGGGCAGCAGCAGCCCCCUCUGGCCUUUGGACAGGUGCAGCAGCCGUACGGUUCAAACCACAGCAACAAAGAGUGGAACGGCAACUAUGGGCCACUGCGACCGCACGCCUACAUUCCCCCUACGGUCCACACACACACCUUCACACACCUGCCGCACAGCAGCCCCACGCACUCUUCAGCCGCCCCGCACACCCACCCCCAGGGCCUUCCCACGCACACCCUGCUGUCCUACCCCCCCGGGGGCCCCCUCACCACCGCCCACCACCACCACCACCACCACGCCAUCCUGCCCUCUCGCCCUCCUCCUCCCCCGCUCCUGCAGCACAGCUACGGUCUCUCCCACCCCCAAGGAGGCACCAUAGUUCACCAGGUGACCCUCGGCAUCAGCGCCGCCCACCACCACCACCACCACCACCCUGGACAUCCCGCCCCGCACCCGCACAGGCUCCUGCCCUCCCCGACCAUCCACCCGCACCAUCAGCCCAGCUACGCCCACCUCGCGCACCAGUUCAAGCCAGUUCCCUUCCCCGCUCCCCACCCCUUCAUGGCCUCCACAGCGGCCUACGCGGGCUUCCCUCUGAGCCCCACCAAGCUCAGCCACCACCCGCAGUUCUCGUAUAUCUGAGGUCCGGGGCGACGGGGCAGCAGCAGCACCACCUUCUGAGGGGGAGGGGCUACGGCAAAUGGACGGGGGCUGCGACCUGGGCAGGUAGAGCGAGUAGCAGAGCACAACACAGACACUUUUGGUGACGACGACGAUGAUGAUGAUGAUGAUGAUGAAGAGGAGGAAGACGGACAUGUGAUUUGAAGAAGAGGAGGAUGGAUAACGAUGGAGGAUUGAGUGACAAUUAUGUUUUUUCUGGAAAUUUUUAGGACAAAGAAAAUUCACAGCCACGAAAAGUCGAGGACGACGUCGGAUCUGAAAGACUUCCUGCGAAAUCAUGUCCGCCAACGGGAGGAACAGUGAUGGAUGGAAACUGCAAUGCUUUUACCAGAGAACCUUUACACACAGCGAACUGUGUUCGGACGAUGACGUGAAGGAAAAUCUUCAUGAAAGAAUGUCCUUUGCACAUUUUACCUCCUGUCGUUCGGUGUCGAGUUACAUAUAAUCUGAUUUUAGAAGCUGGAAAAUCUUUUAGGUAGUCGUCGCCCGUUUCCCUUUAUUAUCUUUGUUGCCUUGUAGCAUGUUGCUAGCUAGCUAGCUGGUCAGAGCUGUUUCGUUAAGCCAUGUUCUGCUUCCUGUCUUUGUUUCAGGCAGACUUUUGUUUUUUCUCCUUUCGCUGCUGCUGCCUCCGACUCCUAGUGCCUUAAAGUCUAUGACGUUACUUCAGGAGCUUCUAGAUUUGUACAUUUAAACGGGCUCGCGGCAUUCAACGGGCCGAGCGGACGAAAUACGAGGCCAGCGCUUUUGCGCGGUUGCGUUUAAACAUAGAACGUUGGACUUCGGUGUUUCGCUUUCCUAACUCGGCGUAUACUGAUUUGACUUCAGCUCGAGGCUGCACACACGUUAGGGCUUUGACUGAAUGAGCUUUUUAAUGUACAUAGAUAAACAAAGAGAGUGAUUUGAUAUUUUGAUAAAUAAUCGAUUUCUAUUUCACUUAUAGUACUUAAUUCACAACAGUAUUGUCACUGUUUACUGUAACUGCAAUACAAUCUAGACGAAUCCUCUGGGUUGCUGUGUUUUUAAUCAUCGUGUUUCAUUUUAGGGUUUAAGACUUUGCAGUUAUGCGUUUUUACGUGUUAGAUUUCUUUGGGGGGGGGAGCAUAGAGAUUAAGUUUUAUGUUUUUACUUUGUCAGUGUUUUUGAAAUUAAUCUGCUUUACAGUAUCAUGGCUGGGCUCUCGAGUGUUAGAGGUGUUGCUGUUGUUGUUGUUGUUGUUGGUGAAUCGUUUUAGAUAUUUCGUGUGCGAUAUGAACUCUUUGUCCACGUAUUGAAGCCUGUCGUCAGUUUUGAUACAUUCCUUCAGGGUGGAUGCAGAGCCUUGAAUUUGUGUGUGUGUGUGUGUGUGUGUGUGUGUGUGUGUGUGUGUGUGUGUGUGUGUGUGUGUGUGUGUGUGUGUGUGUGUGUGUGUGUGUGUGUGUGUGUGUGUGUGUGUGUGUGUGUGUGUGUGUGUGUGUGUGUGUGUGUGUGUUUUCCAGAGCUGCGUCUUUUUACCCGUCGUCGUCACAUCAACAGGUAUUUUUAGCACCAAAGAGACUCUUCGUUCAUCAUGAAUCAUUUCUAAAAGCACGGUCGAUACGAUUUCUCCCUUUUUUCACCUCCGUCGUGCGGUUGCAGUUAUCAAAUAUGGGAAAAUAUAUAUAUUAUGAGAUCUCUAUUUAAAAAAAGAAAGAAAAGAAAGUGAGGUUGAGGGUUUUUUUUACAUUAUUUUCUGAGCUAUGUUCGGCAAAUUGUAUUUUUUGGAAUGUAUAGAUAAUGCGCUGCUAUGUACUGAUUAUCUGCCACUUCGUAGCUGUGAAUCUAGACGACUAAUCUCAUUCUCGCCUUUGCGAUCGACUCUCUCUUCUCUCGAUCUGUCGACUAUAGAUACAGUAGAGGAAGUGGGUUUUUUAAUUUUAAUUUUGAUCAUAGAGUAUACUGGAUGCGAUCCCUAUAUGCUAGUGCCUCUGUAUAUUGGCUUUUGUUGUUUUUGAAGUGAUUGUAAACUGCUGUAAUGGAAGUUAUUGUUGUUGUUGUUUUUAAUUAUGUUGCUUUUGGGUGUGUGUGUGUGUGUGUGUUUUGUUUGUGUGUAUUUAGCAUCAGUAUUUCAAAUGUAGGCUGGGUUCACUUUUAUUGAUUCUGUAACCGAUGUGUCGUCGACGUAUUAUCGUGGUUUUUUUUUUCCUCUGAUGACACAGCUUUUUAUUUUUCCGUCAUCGGACUGUAUCUCUGCGACUCUUCGUACUGUACGAACUAUAUAGUGCCUUUCCUCAAACAAGUCGCUGACAGAUGAUAUUGAUAUCAAAAAAUGUGUCUACCUAACUCCUUCUGAGGGGGGUCGGCCCCUUGUUUUGUUCUCACAUCGCAGAAACCCCAAAGUCCGACAAAGAUGACGUCUGUUAACAAUCUUUUAUUGUUUUCUUCUACAGAAUCCUAAGAAAGUGACAUGUCAGGGAAUGUUUCAUCGCGCUCGCCACGAGCACACGGGGCCUGAAUAUUACACACAAAUGCUUUAUUCUCACACUGCGAUUGUAUUUGUGGAACUGGAGACGGCUUGUGUUUUUUUUUUGUUUUUUUGGUUUGCAGAUGAGUUGCGUCUUCUCUCACCUCUGUGAUUGUUGAUCGUACUUGUGUGUAAAUGCAGCUGUUACCAUUGGUAGAUGUCGCCGCGUGUUUCAGUUCAGGUGUUCUUUCAAAAAGUGCUUUAUCUAUCGAAUCAUACUCGAAAAAGUUGUAGGUCCAAAGUCGUCCCGCCCUCAUCUAACUCGUUGUACCACGUUCUUGUUGUUUUUGCUUUGUUUGCUCGCUGGGUUUAUUUUGUGUACUCGUCUAAAUAUUCUACUGUGCCGACGACCCUUUAAACAAGCGGGAGGACGUGCGCUGUUGAGUCUUCUGAGUGCCGUCUAUGAUUAUAACCGAUGAGUGAUGUGUACGUUACCUUAAGGAAAAGGUUUGAUUGACCCCGUUGGUUGUUCAGCCUUUUUCCCAUCAAUCCCCGUAUCCCCGUUCUCUUCUAUCAGCUGUGAUGAGAUGAACACAUGUUCCCGCCAUACCGUAAUCCCACCACUCUGGGUGGAUUGUGUAGGGCAGAUAAUCCCGUCACCGUGACAGUUGCAGCGUCAAAGUCACCAGACGGUCACUCACACAGUCCCAUGAUCCAAAAAACCCCAAACAAGCACACGGAGCCGAGCGGCCUUACCCUCUGGUACGGGUUUGAGCCCUGACAUCAACAACAAACAAUCUUUCUCCAAAUUCGCGUACGGCCCCUUUAAGCAUUAAAAACCAAUAUUCACAAUAAACAAGAAUCCGGUCGUCAUCAAUGUCAUGUUUAAUUUCAGAGUCGAGCGUUCUGGUCCCAGACCUGCUGUUGUCUAUAACAACCAAACCCACCAAAACACGGAUCAUCUCAUUUGUAGACGAGGCUGAAAAAGGAACGGUGUUGAAAUCCGACUCCCAAGACGUUUCUAGGUAGAUUUUGUUCCACAACUUUCUUGCUUGUGUUGACACUUAUCGUAUUUAGACACAAACAUACGUAGACGCGAUUGCUGAAUUUAAAACCGUUAACUGUUCUUGAAUAUUUGUAGAUUUGUGUGGCUUUAUGAUUUAAUUUUCCUUCUCUUGAUUUUUGUUUUGUUGGUUUUUUUUUUUCCUUAAAUGCUACACUAGUUUGACAUGUAGCAAACUGCACUGUGCAAUAUAAAACUAUAUUAUGAGGAGGAAUGGGAAAAUGAUUUGUUUGGAUGUAAUAAUGUGUCUUACCAGUUUGCGGUCGUUUUUCUUCCCCCCCCCCCUCUAGUUCUCAGUGAGUUCAAUGUGACCAAGCCUUAUGUACCUUGUCACAAAAAGCGGGUCCUUCUUGGUGACUCUUAUUGGUGAGUGUCAAAUUAUGAACUGAUGGUGUACUUAUGUCAAGAUUCACUUUGAAUUAAAAAAAAAAAAAAAUCUUUUGCUUCA